AUGGGUCAAGAUAUUGCAGUGAAAUUUCUACAACGUCGUCGGUGGUCAAAAUGCGUUGAAAAUUCAGCUGAUCUUCUGAUUGCCGUCUUCUGCAUUCCGUUCUCCUACUGGCAAGUGCUGAUCUUCGACGAUCAGCGAUGGGUGUUCGGCUCCGCAAUGUGCAGCCUUCUUUCGUUUUUACAAGGAAUCGCAGUGUUUCUCAGCUCCUGGACAUUAGUCGUGAUCAGUUUUGAUCGAUGGAUGGCAAUCAUGUUUGUUAUGUCACCAAGUAUGCGACUAACCCGAAAACGAGCUGUCUAUCUUGUGUUAGCGACGUGGGCCUUCAGCAGAUCCAUGGCGCUGCCGCUAUUUCUCGUUUCGAGGAUACAUGUAACCGAUGGCAUAAAGCGAUGUGACGAGGACUGGGCCCCUGUAGAGGCUGUUGUACCAGGACUGUUCUAUCCAAAGAUUGGAAAAUUCCUUGCAAACUUCAAAUUUAGCCGUUUUCUCUUUCCAUUUUUGCAUUUUCUAGUCCCGUCGACUCUAUUCGUACCUUAUCCUGGUGCUGCAAUAUGUGGUGCCACUCACGGUGUUAAUCAUCACCUAUACAUUCAUUGGAAUGAAAAUGUGGAACAGUCGAAUUCCUGGACCAACGAGUUUGACGACGAAGAAGGUGGUGAUGGAGCGGCACGAAAGUGUGAAAAAGUUGAUUCCAAUGGUGAUUCUUAUCUCGGCCAUGUUUGCCUUCUGUUGGCUGCCUCUUUUGCUUCUCAUCAACGUGGUCAUCGAUCUUUGGCCAAGUGUGGCCAGCUGGAAAUUCAUCCUUUACAUAUGGUAAGUAACGUCUCCAUUACUCGUCCACUAUAUGUGAUCCCUGAGGUGGUUUUCCCAUGGCUUGGCAAUGAUGCAUUCGAUGGUGAAUCCGAUAGUCUAUUUUCUUCGGAAUGCUCGUUUCCGAGAAGGUUUCCGCUACUUCUCACGAUUUCUG